AUGUUGUUUUGUUUCUGCUAUAUGAAGCUUCUGAUUACCAAUCCGGUGUCACAGUUACAGUGCUUUGGCCUUAAGACUUCUAAUUCGUCUAGGGGAGAGGGCACCAGAAAAUCAGCUUGUGCAGCAGGUAACAUGGCAAAAGCAAGUACUACUACUACCCAAGAAAAUGCCUUAGAAUGGGUUAAGAAAGAUAAGAGAAGAAUGCUACAUGUUGUUUACCGCGUGGGGGACUUAGACAGAACAAUAAAAUUUUACACCGAGUAUCUUUGGAUGAAACUGCUUAGAAAACGUGACAUACCCGAGGAAAAAUAUACAAAUGUAUUUCUUGGAUAUGGGCCAGAAGAUUCACUCUUUGUUAUUGAACUUACAUACAAUUAUGGGAUUGAGAAAUAUGAUAUUGGGACCGGAUUUGGUCAUUUUGGCAUUGCAGUUGAGGAUUCUGUUGGCAUCGAGCUUCUUCGCAAGCGAGAUAAUCCUGAAUACAAGUAUACAAUAGCGAUGAUCGGUUAUAGUCCAGAAGAUACAAAUACUGUCUUGGAGUUGACAUACAAUUAUGGUGUUACUGAAUAUGACAACGGAAAUGCUUACGCUCAGCCUACUGAUUAUGAUAUCUUGCGGAUAGCAAUAGGCACAGACGAUGUUUAUAAAACUGCAGAAGCAAUCAAGCUAUCUGUGGGAGUAAUUGCUCGAGAACCUGGACCUUUACCUGGCAUUAAUACCAAGAUUACUGCAUGUCUUGAUCCUGAUGGUUGGAAGUCGGUCUUUGUCGACAACAUUGAUUUUCUCAAGGAACUGGAGUAA